GCGAUGCUACUGCGUCGCCGGAUGUGUUCACGUAUAUGUACGUGAUGCACCAAAACUACGGGAAAACUUUUGUGUAGGUGCAGGGACAAUACCUACAGAAGCUCUUGGUGCUCCUUCAGUCUGGCCCGAUCGUUUUUCUCCAUCGCUGCCGGGGAAAACGUCCAAAGCAGCCUCAGCUCGCCUUGUUUUUUUAUACAAUAUACAUAUAUACUCGCUUGUGUACUCGUUUUUAGUGUUUCCUAUAUACGCACAGCCGAUUCGUCCUUCCUGUGAAGUUUGCAACCCGCUGGCUUGUCUUCGACACUGAGUCUGCCAAGUGGAGCAACAUUCGAUAUCGACACAAUUUUAGAAUAGUCAAUUUUUUACCAAGAUGACUUCCAAAGUUCUCGUUAAACUUCCAGUCGUUCCUUUUUCGCAACGAAAAAAGCCGCCACCCGAAAUAAUCCCAUUACCCAAUAGAAACGAGGAGAAUGACGAAGACAGAUUUCAAGGGCUGUACAGUGACAGGGUAACUCAACUCGAACAAAACUUGAAAUUUUUGCAAGAUCAGCAUCAGGUUACUCUUGUCGCUCUUCACCAGGAGGUCGAUGUCCUGCGCCAGAGAAACAGAGACUUACAGUUCCAACUGGUAUUCUCCAAAGGGACUGGUUAUAGCUCCAGCAGCCCAUCCUCUCCCGAAGAUGGCGGAAAUGGAUUUGCGAAACCAAAACAAGGGAGCCCAACAAACGUCAACGUUGCUCCUCUUCAAGUUGAAUUAUUGGAAAAAGAAUUGCAGGACGUGAAAGCCACGCUAAACGAAACGAAAAAGCGUAACAUUUAUUUAACAGAAGUAGUUGAAAAGCAAAAAAAAACGAUAGAGAUACAUGAGAAAUCCAAGGAAAAGCAAAAAGCCUCGGAAAUCGGUAUUCAAGUCGACAGUCUACUCGAGUGCCAGCAAGUCGAAUUUCAAGCUCGACUAGAUGACGCGCAAGCUCUCGUUAAGCGACUGCGCCAAGAAAACGAGGAUCAGCGCAAGGAAUUGGCCAACUUGAGAUCGAGCAGUACUCACAGCAGCAAUGGCAACGGUGGCAGAAGUCGCGGUGUCCAGAGCGCCUAUCACGGCCGCGGAUCUGCAAACGAAGUCCAGGGUCAGGAGGAGAACUACCACAAAUUCCCACCUUUACAGACCCAAAGCUACUGGCAUCGCGCCUCCAGAAGUAAUUACGGAUAUGAUCAUAACUCACAAUCAGAUUACCAUCGGAACAGCAGGCAUCAUCACCAAGAUCGUCAACAAGAUCUGGAAGUCGAGGUGGACAGCACGGUCUUGCCUCAGCUGCGGAAUGGCAGCGUCCGCGUGGACAAUAGUUCGAGCUACCCUCCGUUUUACAGAUCUCGAGGGCACCACAGUAGCGGUAACUAUUAUAAGGACGACCGAGGCAAUAGAAAAUACAAAGGUCAGAAUAACAAGUCACAGCGAGAUCGUCGAGAUCAAAAUUCUAGGGACUAUCAUCAAGAGUACAAAGACAGAGAGUCAAAGGAUAACCAUCAGCGACAGCAGCAGCAAUAUCAACACCAACAGAGAGAAUAUGCAGAAUCGUCCAAGGGUUCGAGAGGCAGUCAGAGGCAAUAACAGAAUUUCAUUCCAUUUUCUCAAAUUAAAAUCGUCUCAUCGAAUAAUUCUUAUACCUAUUGAAAAUCGCUUGCAUGGUGUAUAAUCCGUAUAUUCGUUAGAAUUAUAUUCAUCUAAAGAAAAUAAAAAUCAAAUAUUGUACAACUUGAAUUUUUGCGUUUAGCAAUGAUGUUUAAGUAACAUAAUUAUUGUAUCGACCAAUUAAAUAACCACUUUUUGCUGAGGUAACACCACAAUUUAAAAAAAAAUUGUUAGCUAUUCGAUGUAUUACAUAAUAGAACAUUUUUAAAAAAUUUGAAAAAAAAAA